AUGAACACUGAGCUCCAUCAGGUCCUGAAUGUUUGGGACCGUAUCCGUGUUAACAGCCCAAUAUACGCGUUCCUUCUCAACGACGUUGAAAUCUAUAGCGCGCAAAAAGGGAAAAUUAAUGCUCGCGUUCGUGUUACUUCUCAUCAUUUGAAUUCCAAAAACACACUGCACGGUGCUUUUUCCGCAUGUGUCACUGAUUGGGCUGGUGGGCUUGCCAUCGCGUCCUGUGGCCAUGACUCUACAGGUGUGAGCACCGACAUCCAUGUCAAUUACAUGUCAACGGCCACGACAGGGGAUUGGCUUGAGAUCGAAGGAUGUGCAGAUAAGGUUGGGAAGACACUUGCUUUCACGACAGUAAUCAUUUCCAAAAAAUCAGAGGAGGGGAAGAUGACUAUCGUUGCCAAAGGUUCACAUACGAAAUACCUCAGAACCACCUGA